UAGUUGCCUCAGUGAUAAAGACCAUGCACUGGAAGACAUUGCUUCUCGAGGGGAACUUGCCAAGGAUCUCAAACCCAACAUGCGAGAAUGCGGCUGUAACAAAGGACAUUAGCUGCGAUAUCUGCUUCUUUUAUUGUUGGAUCGAGCGGGCCAGCAAUUUCAAAAGUAAAAAGGGCCAAUGGAAUUUCAUACAAGGGUCUAAUUGCCAACAUCAACACCAGUCUAAACAACUGGUCAACCAUCCUAUGGUAAUUGCCCAACGACCUGAUUGGCUUCCCGAAAACUCUCCCGAAAUAGAAGCCGAAUCUUUGGCCAAAAAUUGCCUAAGUCCCGAGAUAAUGAAUGACAUUUUAAAUUUGCAUGUUGAAGAUACUCCCGCUAUGAGAGCCUUUCUAUUUUGCGCAGCCGUUCGAAAAAAUGUGUAUCGACCUGAGAUAGGUUUUGAAAUUGAUCGCUUCGAUAUGGGUCUAAAGUAUAAAAUAAAAAUCGAUUGUUCAAAGGAAUUUCUAAAUUACUGCGUUGAAGUGUACCAGUGGGAAGAAAAUCCUGAAUCGUUGUAUUUCUACAUUGUUAAAUGCGUUUUCGAUAAUGCCGAAGAUUAUUGUAUAAAAAUUCCAUAA